UGGAGGGGUGUGAUGUGGCACUUGGGGACAUGGUUUAGUGGUGGACCUGGCAAUAGUCAGACUCAAUGAUCUGAGAGUUCUCUUCCAACCUCAGUGAUUCUAUGAUUCCAUACAUGGCAGCAUGGUUCUACCACCCAACUCACAUGGAAAACUGCUGAUUUUGUCCUAGAACAACUCUAGGCAACAUUUACCUGCAUCCCAAACUGCUGCUCCUCACUCUGUCACUACCCUGCCUGCCACAGGCUAAAUGUGCAUGGAACAUGACAAAAAACUCUUCACAGAAACAUCAGUAGAGAUCAGCACUGUUUCCAUAUAUAGAACUUCCUCAAGCCCUGGAGCCACUCCUCGAUCUCUUUUGAAAGAAAGAUCUGUCAUGUAACUCCACCAGCUCUCUUGCCCAGUACAAGAAAAUGUUUUUUCUCACAAUUCUGCUGUUUUCCUACCCUCAAAUGUCUCAGCAGAUACAGAAAACUACUGCAAGUGGUAAAGGGAUCCUGUCCAACCCCAAGCUCGUACUGGUUAAGACGAGUUUGAACGUGGUGAUGAACCAGAACGUGACCCUCUGCUGCUGCUCUGCCUCUGGACCUCCACCUGUCAGAUACACCUUGUUCAAACACAACCAGCAGGUAUCCUCUUUGAACAGGUCAGACUCGACCCCUGCAUUGUUUACCUUGACUAUCAGCUCUGCCAGCGACCUGGGUCCCUACAAAUGCAAAGCUGAGCACAACACCUCCAGUGAUGGAAAAUACAGCAACAGCCUCAACUUCACCCUUAUAGAGCCAAUUUCCAAACCAGUGCUGAGCUCACCCACCUCUCACACAACGAAAGGCCAGAACGUGACCCUGUCUUGUUUCUCCGAGAAUGGAUCUCUUCCCAUCACUUACAUAUUCUUCAAGGGAAAACAAAGUAUCUCUCCCCCAAUGAUGAUGCAUGAGAGGGAAGCAGCUGUGAUUUUUCUCUUUGUCAAUUCCUCUACUGACUCUGGAACCUAUAAAUGCAAAGCUAAUAAUAGUUUUCCCAGCAGUAUGAAAUACAGCAACAGUUUCAACUUCACAUUAGCAGAAGAGAGAAGCCAUUCUCAGGCCCUGAUAAUUUCUCUUGGGCUGAUCCUGCUACUACUCAUAAUAGGAUUUGCUCUGGCAAUUCCAUUUUUCAUAAUUCCUUCAUAUAAAGCAAAAAAAUAUAAGUCUACCAGGCCCUCAACUGGCUUUACAUCAACAGUGAAUGUGGAGGAGACUGAAAAUGAUGUCAUAUAUGCAGAGAUUGAGCCUGUUAAGCCAGAAGAAGAAUACAUCAACUUUUCUGUUAUUAGAAGAGAAGAUGAAAAAGCAGGAAAGAGGGAAUGUACUACAGUCUAUUCAAGGGUCCUCAUCAGAAACUGAGUACCAGGUAUGAUCUCUUUUGUGGAUAACUUAAUCACAUGUUUUUAAAGAAUUUUUCAGUCCCCAAAUGUGAUAAGUACCAGCAAGUUUCACAGAAAGAGAUGAUAUUCAGAUACCAGUUUCCUGGCCUAGG